GCCAGACCCCACCAAGGAAACCCCACUAAACAACACACCUCGACCUAAAAGAAUUUAAAAUAUGAGUGAAGCCCCCGAAUCGAUUUUGAAGCACGUCAAUCCUAAAACUCAAGCACUCUUAAGAGCAUCAGCAAAACACAGAGAAGAAUCUGCCAGAUCAAACGACGAUAUCAUGUCUAACGAACAAACCUUCAUUGCCAUCAAGCCAGAUGGUGUCCAGCGUGGACUCGUUGGCCCAAUCAUCAGCCGAUUCGAGGCUCGUGGUUACAAGCUUGCUGCCAUCAAGCUCACCACCCCAGGAAAGGACCACCUCGAGCAGCACUACGCUGAUCUCUCCGACAAGCCAUUCUUCGCUGGUCUCGUCAACUACAUGAACUCUGGCCCAAUCUGCGCCAUGGUCUGGGAAGGACGUGAUGCCGUCAAGACUGGCCGUACCCUCCUCGGUGCCACCAACCCAUUGGCCUCUGCCCCAGGUACCAUCCGUGGUGACUACGCCAUCGAUGUCGGACGCAACGUCUGCCACGGUUCCGACUCUGUCGAGAACGCCAAGAAGGAGAUUGCUCUCUGGUUCAAGGAGGGUGAGGUUCUCUCAUGGAAAUCCGCUCAACACGACUGGGUCUACGAGAAGUAGAUUAGAUUUGAUGUUCUGUCAUUUCCUCCAGCAAACAAUUAGCUCCAAAUGUCAUGUCUGAAGAUUGUUUCUGAUGAUGGUGGGUAGACGUAUACAUGAAUAAAAAGUCAAUCAACCUCAAUUUGUGUGUAUAUACA